AUGCCAGUAGAGGUCGAGUCGGGGAUUUCGGAGAACCAUGUGUAUAUUGAUCCCUGGCCGCUGAAGAUAACUAUACCUGCCAACAUUCAGGUCGUGGACCGAGACACGUAUCUUUAUGUCUAUGAGGAAAAUGUCACCGUGCCCCUCAAACAUGGCGGAAUUCUCCGCUGCAAUGUCUACAGACCGAAAGAUUCGGAUUGCACCCAAAGGUGCCUCGUCCUAGUUAUAUGUGGACCCUACGGAAAAGAUUUCCCAUACAAGACCUUCCAUCCGUCGAGUUUCUCAGAGCUCAAUCCAGAAUAUCAAACUGAGCAGUCGGCAUGGGAAACCCCGACACCCAAGUACAGGAUCUCGCAUGGCUACGCAGUUUCUGCGGCAACUGCAGAGGCUUUCUGUGACACAAUCGAAUGGGCUUCACAGCAGCCCUGGUCGAAUGGUAAGGUCGGCUUGCUUGGAGUGAGCUACUACGCCAUCUCACAGUGGCAGGUCGCCGCCAGAAACCCCAAGGGCCUCGCGGCCUGUGUACCUUGGGAAGGCAGUUCUGACUCUUACAACAAAUCAACACGCCAUGGAGGGAUUCUCUCCAACGCAUUCUUCAAUUGGUGGUACCCACGACAAGUACUCUCUAACCAGUACGGGCGACCUGGCAAGACAGCGCGAGGCUGGGGCUUUGAUACUUUGGAUGUGGAUUUGAGCAAAGAGGAACUUAAAGCAAAUAGGUCUCCUGUUCUUGAAUCGAUGCACUUGCAGCGCUUUCGCGGUGACGAGUUCUUUCUUUCGACUGCCAUUGACUUUGACAAGAUCAAAGUUCCAAUUCUCAGCGUGGCCAGUCUUGGUGGCAUAAUGCUGCAUUUGAGAGGGAACUACCUCAGAUUCAUUUCUGGUCGUCACGAUCUCCCAUUUUACUACCAUGAAGAAGUGGAGGACCAGCGGAGCUUCCUGGACGCUUUCUUGAAAGGCCAGGGCCGCAAGGGAUGGUUGACCAAGGGCACAGUUCCUCCCGUUAGCCUACUCUUACGAAAGGGCAACAAAGGUGUCAAUAUUUCCAAGACGGGAAUGACAUUCAAACGCAGGGCAGAAAACGAAUGGCCUCUGGCUCGAACUCAAUACACCAAAUUUUUUCUCACUCCUGACUUUGAGCUUUCAUUCCAAGAUCCUGGUAUCAAAAACGCAAUUGAUCAACUGCCACCCGAUGUAAUUCAGUUUCGUACGCAAUCAUUCCGCGAGGAAACCGAGAUAACGGGCCACAUCGUUGCUCAUCUCAAUGUUUCCCUCGGCAAGGACAAAGAGGGAAACACGCCAUCUGAUAUUGAUUUGUUCCUAUCCAUCCGACACAUUUCCCCUACUGGCGAGGGAAUUAACUACACUGGCUCAGCAGGAGACUUCGUUCCAAUUUCAAAGGGAUGGCUGCGUGUGAGUCUUCGGAAAACCAACCCCGAUCAUCCCAGCCAUCGCCCAUGGCUGCCAUGGCGAGACUUCUAUCGUUCCGAUGUCCAAACGGUCAAUCCUCAAAAGAUCAGUCCAGUCGAUGUGGAGAUUUGGCCAAUGAAUGUAGUGGUCGAGGCAGGGGGCCGACUUGUAUUAGAGAUCAGUUCUCGUAACACGGCAGGAAUAGGGAUCUGGGGUCACACAGAUCCCAAUGACAGAUCCCCCGUAACUUUCAAGGGCGUCAAUCACAUUCACUUCGGACCUAAGUAUAUUAACUACGUUUCCCUCCCAGUUAUUCUAUCCCAAUGA